AUGGAUAUUAAAAAUAAAGUGGCUGUGAUUACUGGAGGUGCUAUAGGCAUCGGCUAUGAAAUAGCCGAUAGGUUCCUUCAUAAAGGUGCAUGCGUAGUAAUUUUGUUAGAUAUAAACGAAAAACAUGGUGAUGCUGCUGUUAAGAAGCUGACCUCAAAGCAUGGAAAUAACCGAGCUGUGUUCUACAAAUGCAAUGUUACAACUGAUUUAGAAGCCGUAUGGAUGAAUGUCGUCAAGAAAUAUCCUUCCAUCGACAUACUUGUCAAUAACGCUGGAAUUCUAAAUGAUAAACUAGCGAAAAAGACGAUAGAUAUUAACGUAACAGCAUUGAUUGAAUGGUCUUUGAAAUAUUGGGAGCACAGUCGCACAGACAAAUCGGGUAAAGGUGGAACAAUUAUCAACCUGGCUUCCAUAUACGGGUAUAGAGUGGACCAGUUCUUGCCUGUGUAUCAAGCAUCAAAAUUUGCUGUUAUGGGCUUCACAAAGUCCUUGGGACACGCAUACAACUUCAAGCGAUCCGGAGUAAGGGAUCAACUUUGGCAAAAUGUGGAUUCUGUUGGAAAUGCAGUCGUUGAUGUGGUUGAAAAGGCAGCAAGUGGUACAGCUUGGUUAAUAGAAGGUGGGAAACCUAUAAAAGAGGUGUAA